AUGCAUAUGACUUCUUAAGCCAUGUUUUACUAGCUACCACUGGUUAUCUGUCAAGCCUUGGAAGUUGAUUGGUGCCUGCAGCCAGAGGAACCACAAGGAUGUCAGAACCUCAAUUAGAUACGAUACAGGACCAAUUGACGGAUUAUCUCGCAUUAAAAAGAGACACGCCUAGUCCAUCGCUCCAAGCCGCCGAACUCCCGCAACUUCCUCAACUAAAAUCCAAAACAUUCAACGUUGGAAUAAAAGCAAAGUCUCUGCCGGCCCUUCGCGGUGCCAUCUCCGGACAGAAUUUACUCGUACGCACCAGAUCUGUAGCGCUAGAGAAGAAACCCGGGCAGGAGCGAGGAGCGGAGAUCUUGAAGGGCUUUAGCAGGGAAUUACUUGGAUUCCGUCGGAAAGGUAAAGAGGACGAGCCUGCUGCAUUCGAGGAGAACACGAGUGGAGAUUCGCGUCCUUCCUUGCGGGUUGCGGAAGCGCGGCAAUAUCCGGAGGAGACGCCGGCGCAGUCUGACGGUAGGAAAUUUGAGUUGUCUCUUCAUGAUGACAUUCAGGAAGAGGACAGUGGGAGUCGACCAGGGUGGGAAAGUGGAAGACCAGAUAGCGAACGGCAAUUAACCUCAACAAAAGAGGGUCUUCACAGUGAGCUGCAUCCCCCCAAGCUAAAAGCAGUCCAUAUCCGGAGAACAGACAACGGGUUCAAUCACACAUGGAUCGCGCGCAAGCCCGUAGCUACCGAAUUAGAGAAACCUGGAGUACUAGAGAUCAACUCUGAAUUUAUCGAUGGACCAGCUGGAGCCCUUGAACCGGUGAAGGAGAUGCAAUCUGCCCCCGUGAAUCCCAUGCGUCCCUAUACAGAUGAGGAAUUAAAGAUACUAGAGUGCAUGGAAUCGCGGGUAAAAUAUCUGAACAAUCCUAGAUUUCCCGCUAAGAAGGAGGUGAUGAAGAGAAUACUCUCGGAAGGCCACAAAGUUCCACAAUUCAUACCACCAGGAGCGCCCAAGCAUCUAACGGCACCUGCGGAUGCUCUCUCAGUCGUAAACCCUGCUGCCGAGGCUUCAGAGAAGAAUGUUGGAAUCAUAGCGAUUCCCGGUUCCGUUUUUUUCACCGAUUACCAACCACAUCACACUUAUGAGAAGGAGGUAAUCAUCAAGAAUACUACCCAAAACUCACGUCGUUUUCGGCUCAGUGCACCUCCACCAUACACACACUCCCCGUUCUUUUCAGUUACGCUUAUUGAAGCUCCAGCAGACCACGGUACAAACGGCCUUGUAGCUCCUGGCAUGAGUCUCCGGUACAAAGUGAUAUUCAAGCCCAACUCAUUGGCGAAUUUUUCGCAAAGAUUCAUUGUUUCAACGGAAAUGGGAGCGAUAUUCGACGUUCCGGUGAUCGCAAAGCGAGAGGCACCUCUAUUAACGUUACCGAAGACGCUUAAUUGCGGACCCAGUCGUGCGAGCUACGAGAAUAUUCGAGUGUGGGAUUUCAAGAACGAAGGAGGGCCGGGGCGGUUUCUUAUCGUCCCCGAUCACGCUGAGGUAGAUCCAUUUAAAGCAUUUGACAAUCUGAAAGAGUCGCAGAUGUACGCAAUGGCGUCCCAUGGCCCAUUUGCCAUCUUCCCGUCUUUUUUUGAGGUAAAGAACGGAGAUACUGGCCAAAUUAUUGUUCGCUACUCUCCCCCCGAUAUUGAGGAGGAAGAUAAAAACGAAAUGGGACGCCAUGAUAAAGUCGUUUUCAAACUUAUUUGCGACAACUGCCAAGUGUCAGAGUUGCCCAUCGUUGGCUUGGCGCAGAAUCCUGCAAUUCAGGUCGCUGGGAUUCAGCUACCCGACUACGGGAAGGUUGAGGGAGAUGCGCUCUCACAGUCGACUGAUUGUGAUGUAUCACUCGAUUUUGAAGCGCAAAACCCACAUGCGAAAACCACCUAUCUCUUGACACUCAGGAACCGAACAUUGCUCCGUCUGCCCUUUACUUGGAACCUCUUCGAUAUUCCCGCUCAUACGAAGCCCAAAGGGGUAUCUACAUCACAAUCCAAGACUGCCUUCCAAAUAGUGCCUCCAAGAGGAUGGCUUCCUCCUAAUGGAGAUAUGACUUUCGAGGUCAUAUUCAAGCCAGACGGUAUUGUUCAUUACGACGUCAUCGGCAACCUCUUACUCCUUCACAAUAGUAAACGCCUUACGGAAAAGACUGUAUGUGAUAGCAGGCGGAAAUAUUGCAGUGAAACUGAAGACUGCGCAUUAUCGAUCAGAUGUAUCGGCCAAGGCGUUCCCUUUAAUGCCCACCUGGAUCCACCGAUCCUGUUAAUCCCGGAUACGCUUUAUACCGGAACCUCGUACACAACUAGCUUUCAGUUGUCGAACCUGAGUGUGUCCAAUAUUGCAUAUGAGUGGGAGAUUGAGAAUGUUAAAAGCAGUUCCUUGCAAAUCGCAUUGACCCGUCCCUCGGGGAACCUUGGGGCAUUAGCAUGUUGUGCAAUCACUGUUCAGUGCACCGGCGGAUUUCCGGACGAUAUUGCUGGUGCUCUAGUAUGUAAAAUUGCGCACGGUCCAACGCUAAGAGUACCGUUGGCGGCUAAAGUGGUCCUGCCACCUGGAUCCCUACAAUUUGAUACGGAUCUUGUUGAUUUUGGAUUACUGGCCUUGGGAUCCAACAAAACAGUUCAGGUACCGCUUGUCAGCCGUGCGCCAGUACCACUAAGUUGGCGUAUAACAGGAUAUAAACGAAAUUGCGGGGAUCUCGAAAAAGAUUGCUAUCUAAUGUAUCACCCUUCUGAAGGUAUCCUUGAGCCAGGUUCCAUGCAAAAUAUAACCAUUACCUAUGUGCCAGUGUGGUGCCAACGCUUCCGCGGUAUUCUCGAGUGUCAGAUUGUCGAUGCUGACCCUCUUGCAAAAGCAUCUACGGUGAUGGACAAACGAGACAGUGAGCCUACCGAUGCAUCGAAUGCAGCACAAGCUGUGAGGCGGACCGUCACAGCCACUGUGGUGGAAAUGCGGGCGGAAGUACUGACUCCUCGAGCGACCAUCAUGAACCCACUUAACUCGAUUACCUGUUACGUAGACGUUCCCUUCCGCUAUGUGCUCGUAAUGGAAAACCUGACGAUGCUCUCGGCUAAGUUCAAAUGGCAGAAUAUUAAAACAAACGAUUACCAUGUGACCUUUCGUCCAUUGGCUGGAGAGAUUCUGGGAGGUGAGGACUUGGAGAUUACGGUCGAGGUGAUUGGCCACCGGAUUGGAAUGUUGAGCGACUUACUGCUCGCCUGCACUGUGGAGGGAAUGGUUGAGCAUGGAGGUCUACUAGGAGCGAAGCUCGACCUGACUGUCAGGGGAAUAGAGGUUGUGUUUGAUGUGCAGAAUGGAAGCCAACAUAUGAUAGAUAGAGCGAUAGACGGUAGCAGCAUGCUUUUCGAUUUCGGGACGGAAUGUCCUAUAUUUGCGAAUAGGACUGGUACAUUGGUUAUUCGGAACCGGUCAGCCAUCUCCAGCCCUUACCGCGUUUGGAUGGAAAAGUACGCCGCAACUGCCUUGAAGGAAGAGGAGGAGACCGAGGUCGCAGAACAGGCUGCAAAUGAGCAACCUAUUUCAGGACCGACCGAGCGCAGGCUAUCCGUGUCCACGGUUGACAGCAGUUCCGCCAGAGGCUUGCUUCGGGCAAGCAAGCCGGCAAAAUUAGGCUUCAGUUCCAAAACUGGCAUGGAAUACAUCUCAAAGAUCAAAGAGGUUCGCCGACUAAUUCGUCGUAUGCACUUGCUCCUGCGUGAGGGACGUGGAGUAGCCUUCCAUGCAUCACCGAGUAGUGGGAUCAUUGACCCGUGGGGAACAGUACGCGUACAAGUGACCUCCUAUAACAAUCUGGUGGGCACAUAUGAAGACAAUUUGACAUGCGAGGUCAGCGGAUGGGCUCGACAGGUCUUUCCUAUCCGAUUGGGAGUUGUCGGCUUGCCUGUUCGCUUUUCCGGGGCUCAAUUGGUGGCGAGCAAGCGGGACACCCCGGAUUCAAUGGAUAGAGUCAAUUUUGGUACCAGAAUCACGAAUCUCACCUGGACUAGCCCAGACGGCGUCCGAGUCUAUCCCCGAGAGAACCAGAGCGAACAGCGUUCAAUUGAAGGAGAGGCUUACAGCAAAAUUAUCCAGAUUGAAAACCAGUCUCCAAGAGAUAUUGUCCUGAACUGGGCCGUCUACAUUAAACACACGCCGUUGGGGAGCCCGACGCCGAACCCAGAAGAAAUCUUAGUGCCAGAAAACUUGUUGGAGAAAGAUGCAGCAGGAAUAUUUGGAGUGUCUCCAGAGUCUCUGCUAAUACAUGCCUUCAAAACUACGUCGAUACGAUUGUUUUUCAGAAGUGCCAAAGUGGGGGCAUUCGACGCGAUUGUCGUUGCGGAUGUUGGAUACAUCCAACCCAACGGCAAAGUAUUAUACGGCCAAGGAAGACCAAACGCAUCCUCCGAUAAAUCAAAACCUGCAGUCACCCCACCAAUAUCCGUAGCCCAUCUUUUGACUUUAGCACGUCUCCAUAUACAAGGCGGUGCAAUUGAGCCGCGUUUGAGCCUCGACCAAGGUGACCGCAUCCGUAUCAAACAAUCUUUAUGGCACGUACGGCAAAUGAGCACAGCGCCAGGUGUACUAGGCAGGACGGUAAACGUGUUCUUGCAGAACCAUAGUGAUGCCGUUUGUUCAUUCAAAAUGGAGGCAUUACCAAAAGGCGUGUUUAUGGUAACGGCCGCUGAAGGGUCACCAUCGGUAAGACCAAACCUCGUACGAAGAGAACUGAAGGGAGACAAGAAAACACCUCAGAUCAGCAAAACUGGACGGCGCGGCCGCACUGACAUCAGCGAUAAUUGGAUAGAUGACUUAAACGAAAAUCUGCUCGAGCUGAAGCCAACGGAACAACUUUUAAUUUCUGUUCAAUAUAUCCCCUCUUCAACACAGGCGAGUGAACAGCGUUGCAGUACAUCGAAUGUUGCAAAGCCGUCACUAGUAAAGCGAACGUCGACCUCUCCCCGCCCAUCUAUUGUACUACACACGGAACAAAGACUAUCGGUGCCUCAAGGUCGAGCGACGGAAUCUAUGAACGAUGAUCGAGAGGAAACACUCACCAAGCCUGCAGUUUCUGACGGACAGACCAUACAGGAGCCAGAUGCACAAGAAUUCCUUGCAUCAUCCGAUGCAGUUACCGAGGAGCCAAAUGCGGAGAAUCCAUCCGCUGACUCAGCCUCAAGUAAUACCGAAACGGCAGGGACGGUAUCCGAAUCUCCCAAUAUGCAGGAUGAUCCAUCUGAGGAGAACAUGAUCCAACUCCCCGGUGCACCUGAGGAUGCAGGUGAAGCCACCAAGAUUGGCUCAGUCUGGGACGAAUCUAAACCCGUAGUCGGCGAAUCAGCAAGUGGAAGUAUGACGUCGCCCAUGAUGCUACCCAUUAUUGGACGAGAUUCGACGGCUAAUGUUGAUACGACCAAUGAAGUGAAUGCGUCUGCCGUCAUGUCUGCACGUCCCCCUACAGCGGCUGAUGUGGAGCGUCCUCUUUCCACCGCGUCCUCAAUAGAGCGCAACUCGAUUACUGCGUUGGCGAAGGGCGAUUUCAUUGACGGUAGCGCUUCAAUUCCCAGUAUUUCACCACAGCCUGAUAAACCGACCUCCACAGCUGGACAAUCUCGCCUGCAUAUAAUAGCUGAAGGCGAGCUCCGAAUCAUUUUCACGAACGGAAUGGUUCAAUCCAUACCCAUCGUAGUAGAAGAAACAAAUUGAUCGUUGACAUCACCGACGUAAUCCCAUCCAGUAGCAAGACUUGCGUUGUAUAUAAUAUGUAUAUAUUCAUCGGAGUCCACGUAUUGAAUUAUAUCAUUGAGUCUUUCUCAUCUCCAC